AUGAAUAUGUUGGAUGAUGAAGAUGACCAAAGCUUUCACGCUACGCGUGACGGCUACUCCCAUUUGAGCGAUGUUGAAUGGGAUGCGGUUGAACGAAUGGGUUCGACCAUGGGCAUCCAUGCUGUUAGCGUCAUGCUAGAGGCUCUCAAUAGAGAUGCCCAACAUGCUACUAUCGCCAAGUUCAUUCAAAAUGAACUUGACGCAGAACGCGAGAAAUUUGAACUGUUGAGACAGCAGCAGGCUGCUGCUGGUGGGUCGAUGCACUCGCGUCGACCCGAAACCCUGAAGAUUGACAUCUCCAAGUAUAGGGGAGUCGAAGAGGACUCCCUCCUGAGAUGGUUUGUCGAAUUGGAUGACGCCAUAAGGUCGCGUCGCAUCGACGACGGGAAAAAAAUGCAAGUUGCAUUUGCCCAGUCAAAUCUGGCAGGACGUGCCAAGACUUGGGCACUGGGGCUCAAGUUGCACGACCCAUUUGCGUUUGGGUCGUUGGAAGUCUUCAAGUCGCGGCUCAGACAAACGUUUGAACCGCCUAGAGCUGAGUUCAGAGCUCGAACCGAACUCUUGAAGCUCAAGCAGGGUAAGCGUGAUGUGCACGCUUACGCGCAACAUAUACGACAUCUCACGAGUUGUAUAAGUUCCAACCCGGUUGAUGAACACACGUUGGUUUCGGUGUUCAUGCAGGGUCUUGCGGAUGGUCCCGUCAAGACUCACCUGUUCCGACUUGAACUAGAUUCACUAGAACAAGCAAUUUCCAUUGUGGAUCAGGAAGACUUCAGUCUGAGACAGGCUCGCGCCAGCUCGACAUCAUAUCGUCAACCGAGACGAUAUGACAGCGGAGGUCCAGAGCCGAUGGAACUCUGUUAUGUAGAGAGCGAGAAGGCUCGCUCUACAGACUACAAGAAGUUGCAGAAAUGCAACAGAUGUCAGAAGACAGGACACUACGCUUACGAGUGUAGUGCCCCUCGUCCAGUGUCUCGCAACACUGGGCGUAGUGACCGUCCACCCAUGAGAAAGGGGCAGGGACGCGGGUCCGCUGUUGGUGCAAAGACGCAACAACGGGAUGGACCGUCAAAAAAACGGACAGGAUCAGUAGGUGCGGAGCACCCUACUGGUCCAGCAACGUCAAGAGAAUUUGUAGGCCUCUUGAUGAAGGUUGCUCCCAACACACAAACGUUGUGCGUUGCUGCUCUAUGUAAGAAGAUCUCACUCAUUACCUUGAAAUUCGAAGUGACGAAUAAGUUGUCCCUUUGA